CCUUGACUUGUCAAGAAACAAGCUUUCUGGCCCAAUUCCAGCAUCCAUGUCUUCUCUUACAUUUCUGAAUCACCUGAACUUGUCAUACAAUAACUUGUCAGGACAAAUCCCAACAACCAACCAGUUCCAAACCUUCAAUGAUCCUUCAAUUUAUGAGGGCAAUCCAGCACUCUGCGGGCUUCCGUUAUCUUCUAAGUGUCCUGAAAACAACGGAAAAUCUGGUCAGUUUCCUGGUGAGGAUACAGAGAGGAAUGGUGAAAAAGGGGAUGAUUAUGAGAAGCUGUAUUUCUUCGUCAGUGUGGCAUUAGGUUUCAUUGUGGGGUUCUGGGGAGUUUGCGGCACUCUCAUCAUCAAGAAGUCCUGGAGGCAUGCGUACUUCCGCUUCCUCAAUAAAGCAAAAGAUAGGAGAGCUGAAGAAGUGUCCCUCCGCCAGCCAUCGAGAGCAGCACAGAUGCCGCUGUGCGUCCUCCAUGCUAGCCCGCCUUCGCCAGUGAUCUCCUGCCGCGUGUCAACCCCUGGAGUGCGCUCCCUCCCCUCUCCUCCUCCUCCUCCCACUUCUCUCCCCCAAAACCCUAACGCAUCCGCCGCCCCCACGCUGACCUGCGCCUUGCAGUGCCCACACUUCCAAUCGUGCUCCGGCUGCACUCACGAAUUCAAUCUCCACCGUCCGGUUAUCGUUGAAGAGGCUACUGAUUUCUUCAAAAGUGUCGGAGUUUUAGAUUUCACUUUCGAUAGUUGCAGACUGUGGGGAUGGCGGUGCCGGGCGAAAUUGGCCGUUCGCGGCUCCUCGGAAAACCCUCUGAUUGGGCUCUACCAGGAGGGUACUCAUAACGUAGUGGAUAUUCCUCAUUGUAAAGCUCAUCAUCCAAACAUCAAUGCUGCUGUUGAGCUACUAAGACGAGGUAUUAAAGAGUUAAACAUUGAACCCUAUGAUGAAGAUGAAGGGACUGGUGAUUUGCGAUAUGUUCAGAUGGCUUUGACUACUUACAAUACUUCACUUCCAGCUUCACAAAGAUAUAAAAAUGGUAGAGUACAAGUAGCUUUAGUUUGGAAUUCAAGAAAUGAAAAAUCCCUCAAUUCAGACAAAUUAAAUGCCUUGGCACAUUUUUUCUGGAGAAAUGGAGGGCCGAGGAGUACUAUUCAUUUAAUUCAUUCUGUAUGGGCUAAUUUUCAGACAUCAACUAACAAUAUAAUUUUUGGGAAUAGGUGGAGACGUCUUUUGGGGGAAAGAGACUUUUGGGAACAUGUUGGAGGAAUUGAUAUAUCAUUGGAUCCCUCUAGUUUUGGCCAAGCAAAUACACGAGCCUUUGACAUCCUGCUUCGCAAAGUACAAAAGUAUGUCCCUCAUGCAGCAUCUGUGGCUGAUUUGUAUGCAGGGGCUGGGGUGAUUGGAUUAUCAUUAGCUGCCAGUAGAAAAUGCAGGUCUGUUAAGUGCGUUGAGGUUAACAAAGAGUCAAAACUAUCAUUUGAGAAGACAAUUGACCGCUUACCAAGCUUAGUAGAUGGCAGCAUCAGCUGGCAUCAUGCAGAUACUUCAGUAGAUCCUCUUUCUUGGCUUGUGGGAUCAGAUGUUGUAGUUGUUGAUCCUCCUAGGAAAGGACUGGACUCAUCAUUGAUUGAUGCAUUAAAGACUAUAUCACUGCAUAAAGUUAAGUCAUCAGUUCUAAGCUCAAAUUCAAAAGAAAAAGAAGAAAAGAGACCAUGGAUUCUUCGUGCAAGAGAACAUACAAAAGAAGCUUCCGAUCAGUUUGGGAAAGAAACAACGUCAGAUGACACUCCAUCAUUGCCUCAUACACUCAUUUACAUAAGCUGUGGAUGGGAAAGCUUCAAAGAGGAUUGCAAGUCAUUGUUGAGAAGUAAAACCUGGCAUUUGGAAAAAGUCCAUGGUUUCAAUUUCUUUCCUGGCACUCAGAGCAUUGAGGUUCUUGCUGUGUUCAAGAGGGGCCUUAAGAAAAAGAAGUCAGGAAAGAAGAAGAAAUGAAUGUGAGGGUGGAGUACUAAGAUGUUGAGCCCCAGAUUUUGGCAUUAAAUUUAAAGACUGUAAAACUGGUUUCAGGUUCCAGAUAUACAGAAGAAAAUAAACUCGAGAUAAAUUGGAAGUAUGAACAAUGUGAAGUAUAUUCAGAAACAAUCUGACUUGAUCAUUUCUCUA